AUGUCGUUAACAAACUGCCGCUUCUACGAGGAGAAGUUCCCGGAGAUUGAUAGCUUCGUCAUGGUCAACGUGAAGCAGAUUGCCGAGAUGGGCGCCUACGUGAAGCUUCUCGAGUAUGACAACAUCGACGGCAUGAUUCUCCUCUCUGAGCUUUCGCGACGACGUAUUCGAUCUAUUCAGAAACUCAUCAGAGUCGGGCGCAACGAGGUUGUCGUCGUGCUUCGAGUGGACAAGGAAAAGGGAUACAUUGAUUUAUCCAAGCGACGAGUCUCGCCCGAGGACAUGGUCAAGUGCGAGGAGCGAUACAACAAGAGCAAGACGGUCCACCUGAUUAUGCGACACGUUGCCGAAAAGACACAAACCCCGAUCGAGACGCUGUACGAGACCCUCGCCUGGCCGCUGAACCGGAGAUAUGGCCAUGCCAUCGACGCUUUCAAGCUUUCCAUCACCAACCCCGAGGUGUGGAAUGACAUCACCUUUCCCAGCCAGCCCGUGGCCGACGAGCUCAAGCUGUACAUCAGCAAGCGCCUCACCCCCCAGAAGAUCAAGGUCCGAGCCGACAUUGAAGUGACGUGCUUUGGCUACGAAGGCAUCGACGCUGUCAAGACGGCGCUGCGAACUGCCGAGGCAGGCAACGCGACCGAAGGCGAAAAGACGGGCACCGAAGUCAAGGUGAAGCUCGUGUCUCCUCCUCUGUACGUUCUUACGAGCACCUGUCUCGAGAAGGGCCUCGGUAUCGCCCGACUUCAUGAGGCCAUUGCCGACAUCCGAAAGAGCAUCCAGGGCGCGGGGGGCAACCUGACGGUCAAGAUGGAGCCCAAGGCGGUGACGGAGAGCGACGAUGCUGAGCUGCAGGCAUUGAUGGAGAAGAGGGAGCGCGAGAACGCCGAGGUCAGUGGCGACGAGAGCGUCAGCGACAGCGACGACAACAUACCAGAGACGAUCUAA